AUGCCGCACAUUAUCUCUCGAGCAUCCAGGAGGUCCCACCAUGGGUAUCCUUCAGGUCUGCCUUCAGGCAAUAACAUGCCUUCCAGUAUCAUUCGUGUAAUAGUGAAAAAUGCAGGCCACCAGGAGGACUUUAUUGUAGCUGAUGACACUUCAGUGAGGCAGUUUAAGGAGAAGCUCUCUGCUCACUACAAAUGCCAAAUGGACCAAAUAGUGCUGGUCUUCAUGGGUCGCCUUCUCAAAGACCAUGAUACACUGAGCCAGAGGGGCAUCCUGGAUGGCCACACCAUCCAUUUGGUCAUCAAGUCCAAAAAUGGCCCCAGAUCCAGAAUCCUUCAUUCGCAGAACCUGCCAACCAACGAACCCUGCCUUCAGCACAGAAACACCAAAGGAAAGAGUGGAUUAUGCCCGCCUGCUGGUGUGAGUCAUGCCCCAGGGAAAUCGGCAUACCUUGUGGAGUCUGAAAGGCCCAAGGAGCAUACCCAAGAAGCGGAAGUGGGAGGUACAGAGCAUAUAGCACAGAUGCUGGUGAAUCCUAUCAUUCAGCGGCUUCUGUCCAAUGUGGACCUCAUGAGACAGUUCAUUGCAGAACACCCAGACAUACAACAAUUGAUGCAACAGAACCCGGAGGUCUCAAACAUCCUUGACAAUUCUGAGAUUCUGUGGCAAACUCUGGAAUUGGCCAGAAAUCUUGCCAUAAUUCAAGAGAUAAUGCAAACCCAGCAACCUGCACAGAAUCUCGAGCAGCCUCUGAACCCACAGUCAUGCCUGGGAUUAGAGACGAUCUCAGGUGGGGACAAUGUCUUGGGUCAGAGUUAUGCUGAUUUCAGUGACCAAGUGCUCAACAGUUUGCAUGAUCUCUUUGGUGGCAACCUUUUCACGGCUCUUCUGGAAGGGCAAAUACCAGAAGUUGAUUCCUCACCCCCAUCUCCACCACCUCCUCAGGAACAGUGGAACCAGCUCUCACAGCUUCCUACUACUCGAGUCAUCUAUGCUAGUUCUCACUCUGGUUUAACCUCGAUCAACUCAUCCAACACUACCCCUAACAGGGCAAACCCUACUUCCAGAGUCAAUACUGCCACUAUCUCCACCAAAAUCCAGAGUCAGACAUGUGCCAUUCAGCAGCCCGUUGGGGUACCAGCUUUACCCAGCAUAGAGCUCUCCAAGCAGUCCCAGGAAAAAGACAAACAUGUCACCAUCUCUUCAGAUAGCUUUGACCAGAGCUCAGAGGAGGAUCUCCAGCAAUCGGAUGAACCAAGCAGCUCCCAGAUCACAGGAAACAUGAUGCAGUUGCUUUUGAAUAAUCCCAACCUGGCGGCCCAGAUGAUGUCGUUCAUGAGCUUGUCCCAGCUAAGUGAACAGUGGAGGCAACCACUGCUCACAUUCCUGCAGCAGACACAGCUUUCUGACAUGCUUUUAUCCCUGAUCAACCCCAAAGCAUCACAAGCAUUAUUGCAAAUUGAGCGGAGCCUGCAGACUUUGGCGACAGAAGCUCCUAUCCUUCUACCCUGGGUUGCACCCUAUCUGUGGGGUCUGGGCUGGCUUCCUGCCCCCUGCUGCAGCUACUCUGACACUGUGCCAUCCACCAGCAAUAUGCUAGAUAUGACUGAGUCCAAAGUGUCUGAGUGCUGUCACUCUAGAACAGUCCCUCAGAGGUUGCAAUCCCUAGCUGAUGCCUCCUGACUUCUACAAGUCCCUGAGAUUCAUGACAGCAAGCAGAUGGAAUCUCUACAGGCCUUGGGAUUUGGGAGCCACCAAGUCAGCCUGCAGGUACUGAUGGCCACGGAGGGGUACACCAAUACUGCUAUCCGCAAGCUCAAGCAAUCCCAAGGAUGCUAA